UAAUAGUGCAAACGAAGUUAUUUUAUGAAAAUUUGUUUCGUGUUUUUGGCUUAAUUGUUUUAGCUAAAUUAGUGUCCUUCUAAAUAUUCUUAUUUAUCAUAAAUACUACAUAUGGAGCUAGUGCAUGGCGAUUAUAACAGGAUCUUAGUGACUAAUGCAAGCUGUGACAACAUUUAAAUGUAACUGAACUAACUUAACUUAAUACCAUAUUGUGUCGAGGACAUGUCGGUUGACUGAGGGAUUCGACAUAUGUGGAAAGCUUUAACGUGUUAUUAAAUUGCAACUGACAGUUACUAUUCAGAAACAAUGCUUUGAUCGGGUGCCGUAUUUGAAUACCAAUAUAUGAAAUAUCGUAUUGUGAGCUAAAAGCUAGGCUGUGAUCAGACUUGUAUCAUCGUACAUUUUGCACAUUAUUCCACGCAUUUGCCAACAUGUCGGACAAGCCGCCUCUCCGCCUAGAAGACAUUCCUGUGACAAACAUGACCGCAUACCUGCUUGACAAAAUCCGGCUCUAUGGGGACAAGGUUGCCAUGGUCGAUGCCACAAGCGAGAAAACCACAACAUAUUCGGAGCUAGUCACGCGCAUUGAACGGGCAGCUUCCGGUCUGCAGGCGAUAGGUGUGAUGAAAGAUGACGCCAUCGGCGUGUUGUCACCGAAUCAUCCUGACUAUCUGGUCACGUUCUACGCAUGCGCACUGGUGGGAGCCACACUCCAACCAAUCAGCCCGAUGUAUACCAAGGACGACUUGGCCAAAGUUCUCCGAGACUGCAACACCAAGUUCCUGUUUACCGUGUCUGCUCUUUUGCCCAAAGUACAGGAAGCGACACAGGGGUUGGAACACAUUAAGGUGUUACUGUAUGGAGAAGCCGGGGGUGAUUACGAGACAUUCGAGUCCCUCCUGGAUCCGGGUCACGCCCCGUACCGGACACCGGAAUUGGAUCCGAGGACGUCUGUAGCGGCCCUUAUGUCGUCUUCCGGUACGACGGGAUUCCCUAAGGCCGUCUGUAUUUCACACUACGCUAUUGUCGCCAACACAAUCCAGCAGAUGUGUGCUGGUUUGAACAGCGAUAAGGACACAUUUGUGACGUUUUUCCCGUUUUUUCCACGCGCUUGGACUCUACAUGGUGUGUUUCGUCGGUCACUCUCUAGGCGCCCGCAUCGUGAUCAUGCCGCGCUUUGAAUUUGAAACCUUUCUUCGGCUAAUAGAGAAAUAUAAGCCAACAAAUCUGCAACUAGUUCCUCCCAUCAUGGUGCUGUUAGCGAAAAGUCCGAAGGUUUCCGAGUACGACCUAUCGUCUGUUUCCCAGAUAGCGUGCGGAGCUGCGCCACUCAGUAAGGAGAUAGAGGACUUAGUG